CGAGAACUGCUCUCCGUACCGAGCUGCUCUAAACCCGGCUCCGCGCUUCUACAGAGCCGCUGGAGGAAGAGGAGCAGGAGCUGCUGAAGAUGAUUUCCUCUUCACAAUCUCCAGAAAAACCUCACAUUCCUGAAAUUGUUGAUUAAAUGUGAUAAAAUGGAAUCUCAGGUGUCCACCGAUUCGGUGGACAAUUAUCUAAAGGAAGCUAUCAAAAAGGAAAGCACUUUUAGCUGUUUGGAGUGUGGGAAAAGCUUCAUUCAGAGACAUUCACUCAAAAUACACCAACGAGUUCACACUGGACAAAAACUGUUUCGCUGUUCAAAGUGUGGGAGAAGUUUUAAUAAAAGAAGUAACCUUCUUCGACACCAACUAAUUCACACUGAAGAUAAACCAUAUCAGUCUUUGGACUAUGAUAGUGAUUUCACUCAGCAAAGUUCACUUGAAAUACACCAACAGAUUCACACAGGAAAGAAAGUGUUUCAAUGUUCUUCGUGUGGGAGGACUUUUAAUAAACGGAGUAACCUCCUACGACACCAAAUAAUUCAUACUGGAGAGAAACCACACGAGUGUUCAGAUUGUGGAAAAAGAUUUGCUCAGCUUGGUCAUCUUCAAGUGCAUCAGCGCAUUCACUCUGGAGAGAAACCGUAUCACUGCUCAGAAUGUGGGGAAAGUUUUAAUCGACAUGGUCAUCUCCAUCGGCACAAACUCCUUCACACUGGAGAAAAACCGUAUGAGUGCUCAGAGUGCGGGAGGAGUUUUAGACACAAAGGUAGCCUCCAAAUACACCAACGCACUCACACAGGAGAGAAACCAUAUCACUGCUCAGAGUGUGGAAAAAGAUUUGCUCAGCUGGGUUAUCUCCAAAAACACCAGCGCAUUCACACUGGAGAGAAACCGUAUUACUGCUCAGAGUGUGGAAAGAACUUUAAUGGAAUUAGUAAUCUCCAAACCCAUCAGCGCAUUCACACUGGAGAGAAACCGUAUGAGUGUCCAGAGUGUGGGAAGAGUUUUAUUGAACAGAGUCAUCUACGCAGACACCAGCGCGUUCAUACUGGGGAAAAACCAUACGAGUGUUUAGAGUGUGGAACACUUUUUAAAGAUAAUAGCACCUUUCAGAAACACCAGCGCAUUCACACUGGAGAGAAACCUUAUUACUGCUCGGACUGUGGGAAAAGCUUUAACGGAAUAAGUAAUCUCCAAACCCACCAACGCAUUCACACUGGAGAAAAACCAUAUUACUGUGCAGUGUGUGGGAAGAAUUUUAAUGAACAAAGUGCUUUGAAAAUACACCAGCGUGUUCACACUGGAGAGAGGCCGUAUAAAUGCUCAGAGUGUGGUGACAGUUUUUUUCGACAGAGUAACCUACAACAACACCAACUCAUUCAUACUGGGGAGAAACCGUAUGAGUGUUCAGAGUGUGGGAGGAGUUUUAGACAUAAAAGGACCCUUCAAAGACAUCAGAGCAUUCACACUGAAGACAGACCCUAUGAGUGCUCGGAAUGUGGGAGAAAAUUUAAAGACAUUAGUACGUUUCGAAAACACCAGCGCAUUCACACUGGAGAGAAACCAUAUUACUGCUCAAAGUGUGAACAGCAUUUCAGAUAUUCAAGAACUUUAACGAAACACAAGUGCAUUAAGAGAGAGUUGAACAUUCAAGAUAUGAGUUUAUGACUUUCAGAAAGUGUGUCAUGCAAUGUAAUAAUCUGGUAUGCUUUGAAUCUUGAGCAGUUAAUUUUCACCUUCUCAUUGGCCUGUAAUAAUACUCUACUGUCUCAAAUGUCUAUGUAAACAAGGUCCAAAAAAAGUGGUGAGACACCCACUAGAACCCAUGCUUCUAAAUAAAAAUAUUACUCUUUAAAAGUUUUAAAAGUUCUCCAGCAUUAA